AUGGUCGAAAAGAAGGAAGACCCAUGUGGUCAUGCCAAUGAAAAUGGCAUCCAACCCAGCGUUUCUACUACGCAGGGCCAGUCUGAGAUCCUCAAGUCACCCCAAGAUGGAGUCCUCGACGAGGCAGCCACAUUCCUGGCUAAUGCCGAUGCAUUCCCACCCAUGACGCCUGAGAUGGAAAGAAGGAUUGUCAAGAAGAUCGAUGCUUGGAUGAUUCCCUUACUCCUCUUCACCGCAACUCUCGGCGCAGUCGACAAAGUCCAAAUGGGAACGGCGUCUCUCUACGGGUUCCAGACAGACAACAAUUUUGUUGGCCAACAAUACAGCUGGCUUGGAAGCGUUCUCCCUUUAGGCCAAUUGAUCGGAUAUGUUGUCGCUUCGUAUCUUGUUCUCAAGUUUCCACCCGCAAAGUUUCUUUGUGGAUCAUCGUUGCUUUGGUCUAUUUUGACCUUGCUCCAUGCUCCAUGUAGGAGCUGGUCAGGAUUCAUGGCAUUGCGCUUUCUCAUGGGCUUCAUUGAAGCUGCCAUCUCGCCGUCUCUUACUAUUCUCGUAUCCAGCUUCUACACGAAACAGGAGCAGCCUCCGAGGAAUGCGAUCAUCUUCGCCUACUUCUCGUCGGUCUUCAAUGGCUUCUUCGCCUGGCUCGUGGGCAAAAUCCCGGACUCAGCCCCUCUCCUGAAGUGGCAGUAUCUGUACCUCAUCACCGGAACAAUCAACGUCCUGUACUCAAUCUUCAUCUGGUUCACGCUGCCAGAUAGCCCGAUGAACGCCCGCUUCCUGACAGACGAGGAGAAGUACCAUGCGACGAAACGUCUUGCAGCCAAUCGCACCGGCAUCUCCAACAAGGUCUGGAAGUGGGACCAAGUAUGGGAGGCCCUGUUGGACAUCAAAAUCUGGAUCAUUUUCGUCUUCAACAUCUUCAUCAACAUUCCAAAUGGCGGUCUUGUCAAUUUUGGAAGCAUUAUUAUCAACAACCUUGGCUUCACUUCGCUCGAGGCGAGUUUGCUUACCAUGCCGUUCGGUGUUCUCGCUACGUCUAGUGCCUGGGCCUUUAGCUAUCUUGCCGCAAGGUGGCAUAAUCGGAGGACAUUGGUAGCGUGUAUCGCUCUCAUGCUGCCAAUCUUGGGAACUGGACUCGUACAUGGCUUUCCCAGGUCGAAUAUUCCAGCACAAAUGGUCGGACUGUACUUCAUGUACUUCUACUGGCCUCCUUACGUCGUCGGGAUCUCACUUCCCCAAGCAAACACAGCAGGUCAGACGAAAAAGGCAGUAUGCUUUAGCCUGGUUCAAGUCGGCUAUGCCGCCGGCAAUUUGAUCGGACCGCAAACGUUUCGAGCUGAGCAGGCACCCAAAUAUUCAGGAGCCAUCAUCGCGAUGCUCACGAGCUAUGCUGUCUCUGUGUUGCUGAUGCUUUCAUAUUGGCUUGUCGCUGCUUGGGAGAACAAGGGGCGAGAUAAGAAGUACGGCAAGCCUCAAGAGCUGCAGGAAGGAACCGCUGACGGAUUUGUCGAUAUCACGGACAACGAGCAGAAAGACUUCCGAUAUACGACCUGA